GAUAGUAGGGGUCGGUAGGAAUCUGCCGCCAGAAAUUGUAGGUGGGGCUGGAGUGCGAGGCGGAAUCGCCAGCACCAGCAGAGGAACCUCCGUUUGGCGCACGGGGAGUUCAGGGAACCUAGCACAUGCUAAGGGAACCGGUAAAAGGUUUGUGACGGCAGCUAGGAAGCUGAGGUCGGAUCGUCGUAUGGCAAAAAAGAUUUUAGAACGCUACGGGGAAAAACAAGCAGAGCAGGAGUCUGAGCGGCAUGCCAGAUCACUGGAGUGGGCCAAAAGGGUGCUGAGCGGUGGAGACAACGAGAAAGCGGAGUCCAAUGUGAUCCAUUCCUCAGUAAAACGGCAGCGGUCAAAUGAGGGGGAAUCCUCCAUCUGCAAAAAGCCACGUACUGAAGCGGCAUCAACGUCUAGCGAAAUCGCUCAACUUGGUAGUUCAGUAGAACUUGGUGUCUACGAUCGCAGCAGGGAAGAUGGAGCCAUCUCCCGAGAGGAAUGGAAGCAAGUAGCGGCUGCUAUAUCUGCGGUUUUUAUGGAGGUGGUCAAAGGAAACCCUGGGCCACCUCCUAAGUGUGAGAGCGCCGGUUGGCAUCACGGAUUGCACAAAUUGAUUAAAUGUUCCGACGAACGGUCCGCAUCCCUUUAUAAGGAGGCAGUUGUAAGGGUGGGGGAAGUUUGGAAGGGUGCAAGACUCGAGGCAGUGGUCAAAUCAGAUCUCCCGGUGCGCCCUCGAGCUCGUGUCUGGCUCCCAGCCGAACCCUCUACACCUAAAGAAAUUGAAGAGAUUAUGCAUUAUUGUAAUCCUUCUCUACCCACUCACGAUUGGAGGGUGAUCAGGCUGGAGAAGACAGCGCAACCAUAUCGGCAAGCGCUGAUACUCCUAAACAAGGAAUCACUCGGUCCGCUUAGGCACACAAAAGGAGCCAUAAGCUAUGGCUUCGAGAGUGUGGUUCUGAAUGUCCUCCCGAUGGAACAUACAGCGGAAGACCCGCAGUCACCAGAAGUACAGGAAGAUAAGGGAGAAGAGACACAAAUGGGCAUGAAUUCCGACCCUGUUCUUUCGGAUACCGUAAGCAUUGGGGACGGAUCGUCAAUUGAUGGAUCCGACUUCAGUCCCGAGCGGAUGUACGAUGAAGAUCGAGUCGGAUUUGACUUUAGUGCAGAACUCGCACUUCUAGAGAGCACUCUGCAGGAUGAAUAUCCUUCAGAUUAACCUCCAGCAACACACAAAGGCGGCCUCCGCCAAGCUUUUGCUUCGUCUAGAAUGAGACGAAGCCGACGUUGUCCUAAUCCACGAGAUCUCGGGGUUAAGGACAAGGACCUAUAAACUGUUGAUGGCCAGCAAUACAGUUUCAGUAAUGGUGAUAUCGUCACCGCAAGACUAGAGGAUGGUGCCGGAGAAUUCUGGCUAUUCUCGACAUAAGGAAGAGGUGGCAAAGGCUACACAAAGGAGCCAGUGUUGUAAUUGGCUCGGUCGCUUACGAUCUGGGAAGCUCAGACAUUAAAGUAAGAGGCAAAAUGUCCGGCGGAGAAGAAAAAUUCAGAAUUUUGGUCACACACCCUGAAGUGCCACAAGAGGCUAUCGAAUUGUUGUCGCGCGACUGUGAGGUAAUCGUGUGCCAGAGUGUUCCGCCAAAGCGUUCGGAAAUUUUGGAGAAAGCUAAGGGUGUGCACGCCUUCUUCUGGGCUGAUCACGAACCACUUAAUGCAGAGGCUUUGGAUGCCGCUGGCCCACAAUUGAAAGCGAUAUCCACCAUGUCUGCUGGUAUUGAUUAUGUAGAUGUGCCAGAGAUUAAGCGACGCAAGAUACCUCUCGGCCACACCCCUGUCGUACUCAAUGAGGCUGUUGCUGACAUAGCGAUUGGCUUGUUGUUGGCAGCAGCGCGCCGUUUCCACGAAGGACGACUGAAGAUUGAGACUAACACUUGGGAGAGCUACCAUCUAAACUGGAUGUUGGGUCAGGAUUUGCGUGACUCGGUAGUGGGUUUCUUUGGUUUCGGUGGUAUCGCACAAGCGAUCGCCAAACGUCUAUCCGGUUUCGACAUUGAUAGCAUCUUAUACACCACACGCCGCCGUGUGUCGGAGGAAAUCGAGCAGGAGUACAACGCCAAGAAAGUGGAUUUUGACACUAUGCUUGCCCAGAGUGAUUUCGUUAUCAUUGCUUCGCCUCUGACUAAAGAGACCGCUGGUGUAUUCAAUGCCACCGCUUUUGGUAAAAUGAAGAAAACCGCCGUGCUGGUAAAUAUUGGACGUGGAGGUGUUGUGAACCAGCAGGAUUUGUACGAGGCCUUGAAGACAAAUCAAAUAUUCUCUGCCGGCUUGGAUGUAAUGACACCAGAACCACUGCCCUCAAAUGAUCCUUUGUUGAGUCUGCCAAAUCUGGUGCUCGUCCCACAUUUGGGUUCCGCUACGCUGCGCACCCGCACCGAUAUGGGUACCAUAGCAGCACACAACGUUUUACGCGGACUUGCUGGGGAACCAAUGUUCUCGCCCGCAUAUUAAUUUCAUAACAGAUCGCUUGCUCGGACAAAACUCUUACAAAGUAGCACCAAAUGUAUAUAACCUAACUUAUUGCAAUAAAAAUAAACACACGA